AUGGCUUCUAAAGUGGUAGCGAAAGCUGCAGGCGGUGUCAUGAGUAUCACUACGAAACAAACCGUACAAUCGACCGGAAUCUGGGAAUUUCUCCGCCGGGCCGUGGCCAUCGACCCGAACAGGUCCAACGGCGUGCCCCUCAACCCCUACUUCCGGAACCCGACCCCGGGCAGCAUCGAUCCGCUGCUGUUCGACGACCCGGUGACCCUGCCGGCCGGCGACAUCGCCGACAACCCGUACUGGAAGCGCGACGCCCGGCGCAACUACUCGCGCCACAGCGUGAUCGGGCAGGCCGACCAGGUCGCCCUGCUGACCGUCGGCAGUGCCGCCCAGCCGCGCGUCGAGCUGAUCGGCGAGGAGGGCUCCAAGGCGCUGGUCGCGGCCGAGGAUGCGGGGAGGCAGGGCGGUCUGGCCGCCUACUUUGAGAAGACCGGCACCGAGGCUGGCAAGCUGGUCCUCGGCGAGAAUGGGCUUCCGCCCCUGCCCAGCGGGGAGAGCCUCUCGAGCGGGAAGUGGGAUGUCCACAGAUAUGAGAUCGAUGAGGAGCAGUCGUACCCGGAUACCUAUCCGUGCAGAUCUUUUCAGUGA